AUGGGGGAAAAACCUGAAGUUUUGGAAGCUGUCGUGAAGGAAACAGUGGAUUUGGAAAAUAUUCCUAUUGAGGAAGUUUUCGAAAAUCUAAGAUGUACAAAGGAAGGUCUUACCAGUGAGGGUGCUCAAGAAAGAUUGGCAAUCUUUGGGCACAACAAGCUUGAGGAGAAGAAGGAGAGCAAAUUCCUGAAGUUCCUGGGUUUCAUGUGGAACCCUCUUUCAUGGGUCAUGGAGGCUGCUGCUAUUAUGGCAAUUGCACUUGCUAAUGGAGGAGGGAAGCCUCCUGAUUGGCAAGACUUUGUUGGUAUCAUUACUUUACUUGUGAUCAACUCUACAAUUAGUUUCAUUGAGGAGAACAAUGCUGGCAACGCCGCAGCUGCUCUCAUGGCUCGUCUAGCUCCAAAAGCCAAGGUUCUUCGAGAUGGAAGGUGGAGUGAGGAAGAUGCAGCUGUUCUGGUACCUGGAGACAUAAUCAGUGUAAAGCUUGGUGACAUCAUUCCUGCUGAUGCUCGCCUGCUGGAGGGAGAUCCCCUGAAAAUUGACCAGUCUGCUCUCACUGGCGAAUCACUACCUGUCACAAAAGGGCCUGGAGAUGGGGUUUAUUCAGGUUCCACAUGCAAGCAAGGAGAAAUCGAAGCUGUAGUUAUUGCUACUGGGGUUCAUACUUUCUUUGGAAAGGCAGCUCACCUUGUGGAUUCCACUAAUCAAGUGGGCCACUUCCAGAAGGUUUUAACGGCCAUUGGGAACUUUUGCAUUUGUUCCAUUGCAAUUGGGAUGAUAAUUGAGAUUAUUGUGAUGUAUCCUAUUCAACAUCGACCUUAUCGUCCUGGAAUUGACAAUCUUCUUGUGCUACUCAUUGGUGGAAUUCCUAUUGCCAUGCCGACGGUUCUUUCGGUGACUAUGGCUAUUGGUUCUCACCGUCUAGCUCAACAGGGAGCUAUAACCAAGAGAAUGACGGCCAUAGAAGAAAUGGCUGGCAUGGACGUUUUAUGCAGUGAUAAGACUGGAACUCUGACACUAAACAAGCUUACAGUUGAUAAAAAUCUUAUUGAGGUUUUUACCAAAGGCAUAGAUGCAGACACUGUUGUGUUGAUGGCUGCUCGGGCUUCUCGGACUGAAAAUCAGGAUGCUAUAGAUGCUGCUAUAGUAGGAAUGCUCGCCGAUCCAAAGGAGGCUCGUGCUGGCAUUCAAGAAAUACAUUUUCUUCCUUUCAAUCCGACUGACAAGAGGACAGCAUUAACUUAUUUGGACAGCCAAGGGAAAAUGCAUAGAGUCAGCAAAGGUGCACCAGAGCAGAUUCUUAAUCUCGCACAUAAUAAGUCAGAAAUAGAGCGGAGGGUUCAUGCCGUGAUUGAUAAGUUUGCUGAAAGAGGAUUGCGGUCGCUUGCUGUUGCAUACCAGGAAGUUCCAGAGGGUAGGAAGGAAAGUGCUGGAGGCCCAUGGCAAUUUGUUGGUCUUAUGCCUCUUUUUGAUCCACCCAGACAUGAUAGUGCGGAGACUAUAAGGAGGGCUCUGAAUCUGGGAGUAAAUGUUAAAAUGAUUACAGGUGAUCAGCUGGCUAUUGGAAAAGAAACUGGGAGACGUUUGGGAAUGGGAACAAACAUGUAUCCCUCAUCUGCUUUGUUGGGUCAGGACAAGGACGAGUCCAUUGCUGCAUUACCCAUAGACGAGCUUAUUGAAAAAGCUGAUGGUUUUGCUGGUGUUUUCCCAGAGCACAAAUAUGAAAUUGUUAAGCGAUUGCAAGCAAGGAAACAUAUUUGUGGAAUGACUGGUGAUGGGGUCAAUGAUGCUCCUGCUUUGAAGAAAGCUGAUAUAGGAAUUGCUGUUGCUGAUGCAACUGAUGCAGCUCGUAGCGCUUCUGAUAUUGUGCUCACAGAACCUGGUCUUAGUGUUAUCAUAAGUGCUGUUUUGACCAGUCGAGCUAUCUUUCAGAGGAUGAAAAAUUAUACGAUCUAUGCAGUUUCUAUCACCAUUCGUAUAGUGCUUGGUUUCAUGCUGCUUGCGUUGAUAUGGCAGUUUGAUUUUCCUCCAUUCAUGGUCCUUAUUAUUGCAAUUCUUAACGAUGGUACAAUCAUGACGAUAUCAAAGGACAGGGUGAAGCCAUCUCCAUUGCCAGACAGCUGGAAACUUGCUGAAAUAUUUGCAACUGGAAUUGUUCUUGGAGGUUAUUUGGCAGUGAUGACAGUGAUAUUCUUUUGGGCGGCAUAUAAAACUGACUUCUUUCCUCGAAUUUUUGGGGUGUCAACCCUUGAGAAGACAGCACAUGAUGACUUCAGAAAGCUUGCAUCAGCGAUAUAUCUUCAAGUGAGCACUAUAAGUCAGGCAUUGAUAUUUGUGACAAGGUCUCGAAGUUGGUCAUAUGCUGAGCGUCCUGGCUUGCUUCUUGUUGUAGCAUUUGUGAUCGCGCAACUAGUUGCUACUCUUAUUGCCGUAUAUGCAAAUUGGAGCUUUGCUGCAAUUGAAGGAAUUGGAUGGGGUUGGGCUGGAGUUGUUUGGCUGUACAAUCUCAUAUUCUACAUUCCUCUUGACCUUAUCAAGUUCCUCAUUCGCUAUGUUCUUAGUGGGAGAGCAUGGGAUCUUGUUCUUGAGCAAAGGAUUGCUUUCACUAGGAAAAAGGACUUCGGUAAGGAACAACGUGAGCUCAAAUGGGCACAUGCACAAAGAACUCUUCACGGGCUACAAGUACCUGAUACCAAACUGUUUAGUGAGGCUACAAAUUUCACCGAGCUUAAUCAGCUGGCUGAGGAAGCCAAGAGGAGAGCUGAAAUUGCAAGGCUACGUGAGCUGCAUACACUUAAAGGUCAUGUCGAAUCCGUUGUGAGGUUAAAGGGUCUCGAUAUCGACACAAUUCAACAAGCUUACACCGUAUGAGGAGAAACCCAAAUCUGUCUGCUGAGAGUGAAUUUGUGAAUCUGAAACAUAAUCCAGAUGUAAACUGUGAGUUCCCUUUGAGACAGACAGUCCACAGUUGGACUGACUGAUUGUAGUUUGAGCACUUUUGGUAGGAUUCUUCUGAAAACAUAUAAUACCUUUCUCUGGCCUAGUCCAGAACCCAUACUUUGGGAUAAAUUAACGAAUACUCUGCCAUAAUAUAAUGUUUAUAUCCAUCAAGUUUUUACUCACGAGUUCUGUCCUUUUUGCCAUUACUUCAUACUGUUUCUAGAUUUUCUACGUCGUUGCAAUCUCUUCCCUUUGAACAUGGGAAGUAGUCAACACUUUUAGGGGGGGAGCUAUGAGAUUGCCUGUAUAUUGAUUCUUUUGAUUCGCCUUGCAAGUGUUAAGAUGAAGUUUGCGAAACAGAUGUAUAAUUUAAAUGCGAAAAUGGAGAUGUUAUACUGCAAGUUACAUGACGACGACGUGACUAGUGCCUUAUAAAACUAAACUAAAAUUAGGGCUCCUUCCCUCCCUUUUGAGUUUCCAUUUCAAUUGUCAAACUGGUACCCCCCUCCCCUUUGUACCUAUACCACUUUGCACAAGCUACAAAAUAGCAAAGAUUCAGCACUCCAAGAGCAGUGAUAAGGAAAUAGAAGUAGUCUAAUCUCCCCUUAUUAAGAUCUUCCGGCAACCAAUUCCCAGAUGGAGAUCCUUCGGUAGAAUGAUGCACUAUUGACAACAAAAAGCUGUUCACAUAACUUGAAGCAGCCAAUCCACAGAAGAAGAGAGAUCCGGCAAAGCUUCUCAUGUUUUCAGGGAACUCUUUGUAGUAGAACUCGAUCUGGCCAAUGGCAGUGAACGCCUCAGCAAGACCCGCAAGCGAAAGCUGAGGAACAAGCCAUAAUGCAGACAUGGGAGAAACUGCCCCUCUUGGCGAAUGAACCCCUAAAGUCGGAUGAGUAAUCGCCAACAUCCUCCUCUUUUGUUCGACAAAGGCAGAUAUUAGAGAUGCAAUGACGGUAAGGAAUAUCCCAAUGCCCAUCCGUUGAAGGAUGGUUAUGCCCCCAUCUUUCCCUGUCACUUUUCGUCUUAAAAAUGGGACGAGUACCCUGUCAUAUACAGGUACAAAUAAAGUGAGGCUUAACAUGGAGAAAAUGGUGUAGGUUGCAGCAGGGAUUUGGAACUUGGAUUUUCCCAAGUGUCUAUCUGAUUGGAGGGCCUGGAAAACCACAUAUUGUUGCUGUUGAAUAAUGGCAACAUGAUAGAUAAUGGCUGCAGCCCAGAUUGGAAUUACUCUGAGCACGCAUUUUAGUUCUUCCACUUGCUGAAUGCUAGUGAGUCUCCACGAAUCUGCCGCUGUUCCAUCUUCUUUGAUUUCAUCAUCUUUUGUUAUGAUUGCCGCCUUGUCAAGGCACCUGUAAAAUCAUGAGUUUGCAUUUACCAGUUGAAACAAAUAAGGUGAGUAAAAAAGUAAUGUUUUCAAAUGAAAACGAGGACAUUUUACUACACUCCAUUGGGACAAGACUCUUUACUAAUGAAACUCAUUCUCACGUAAAAGUUGGGACCGAAAAUCUCAUCGAAGAUAUCUGUAUCAUGACAUAUGUAACGUUCUUUUGUGGAAUUGGAGAUGAUAACCUAAUGCAACAUGCCCACAUGCAAUGCAACUAAUCAUCCACUGAGAUAUCAAAGACACCAUUUCGCUUUGGAAAACUUUUUGUCCUUUGUAGUGAACGUGUAAUCCAUUAGGUUAUAAAAGAGUCAAUUAUUGCUGAAAUAGUUCACUGGAAGUUUUUUUUUUCCCAUCUCUAGCUUGGAAAAAUCAAGAUGAAAUGUAUUAAAAGUCAGUGACUAAGUACACCUAAUUGAUAUGACUUCCACAUUUAGGAGUGAAAGUAUUCAACUUGCACUAUCAAGUAUCAACAUCCCCUCAUGUGACAGCCAAGUAAUUAGGCAUAAGGCAAGAGAGUGAGACACUCGUCAAGU